UAUAAAGGGAAAUUGCAGAGACGUUGUGGGCAUUGACAACAUCUACCUGCAGACACACCGUGGAAAAUAAAGACAAAGAAAAUGGUGGGCACAACUUUGAGACCUCAAAAUCAGACAGAGAACACAACAAACAUCAACACAGUGGCAAACCAAAUCUUAUCAAGCACCGAUAUCUUAAAGAUCUGCAUAUAUCUUGUCAUCUUGAUCAUGGGUGUCAUUGGAAAUGGACUUGUCAUCUUUGUGACCGGCUACAAAAUGAAGACGACAGUCAACUCUGUUUGGUUUCUCAAUUUGGCCAUGGCAGAUUUCAUUUUUGAUUUCUGUUUGAUUAUCAACAUAAUUGUUACCUUCAACAAUAAGGUUUGGCUUUUCAACGACUUAAUGUGUAAAUUAACCUCCUUGGUCACAGUAAUAAAUAUGUUUGCGAGCAUUUUUUUGCUGACAGCCAUCAGUGUGGAUCGAUGUCUGUGCAUAUGGAUGAUUGUGUGGGUUCAGAAUAAACGAACUCUAAACAAAGGCAGAAUCAUCUGUGUAUUUGUGUGGAUUUUAUCCAUCUGCUGCAGCCUCCCUUUUGCCAUGCACCGCUCGGUACAGGAACAUAAGGGAUUGAAAUACUGUGUCUACAACCAGUCACAUGAUGUAUUAUUGUCUCUGUUCACAUACAGGUUUAUGGUUGGCUUUCUAAUUCCCUUCUUGAUCAUUGCAUCUUCAUACAUAGCUAUUGGUGUGCGCGUGAAACUCCUUAAAAUUGAAAAGCAGCUUCGGCCUUACCGAGUCAUUUUGUCUGUGAUUCUGGCUUUCUUCAUAUGCUGGUUUCCUCUCCAUGUUCAACAACUGUGUCACAUACAUGCAGUGAAGUAUAACUGGACUGUCAGUGCUCAGAAAGAAAUUAGUUCUGCAGGAUCUUUUCUUCAGUGCCUGGCUUAUCUAAACAGUUGUCUGAACCCCAUUCUCUAUGUGUUCAUGUGUGAUGAGUAUAAGACAAAACUUAAAAAGUCUCUCCUGCUGGUGUUUGAGGCGGCCUUUACGGAUGAUCUGCCUUACCGAUCAACACUUCGUUCUACUUUACGCUACUCAGAGUCACUGCGAAGUAAAUCUGGCAAGCAGACAAACGACACAACCAUCUCCUCCUCUGGAAGUGGUCAGGGCAGAACAAGCUUUUAAAUUCAGUCUGGUGAUGACUGAAGAUAUAAACUUGUAAACCGGACAUGAAGGUUUCUCAAACAUUCCUCCAUUCGGUCCCACCCCAAACUGUUGCCACUGGCUGAGUCAAAGUCGGAAGGUUCAUGGAAUCCAAAAAAGAGCAAUGUAUAGAUGAGGAAAUGACUUUUUUUAAUUGCCCUUGUUACACAAAACCUUUACAUUACAACGCUGUUAGACUAAUGUAUCUUUGUUGUCGUAAAAAUCAUCAUAAUUGAGGGAACUGAUUAUUUUCUGUUUAUAAUAUUUAGUGACUUUUUUAAACACAAAGAGUUGUUUUAUUUUAAAAUAAGCCUAUGCCUUAUUGAAACCUUUGCUAUCACCACUGUAAAAAUAGACAAUUAGGAUGUACAACGUAACCAUUACAUAACAGAUAUAUUUAACUUAUGUAUAAUGUUGAGCUUAUUGAAUUGGUUAAUUGAAGUUAUUACACGGCCCUCUGGAAUGUUUGAUUGGCCAGUGGUGACAUUCCAAGGUUUGAUAUUCCCAGAUAACAACCAUCCAAUAUUAUCUGGGUAUUAUCCACAUCUGGUACUGUGAGACAUCGUGACAAUUGCAGUUUAAUUCGUACUAAUUUUCAUAAUAUAUAAUAUUUCAUUUACAACUGAGUAAACCAAACGCACAAAUGAUUGUGUUUACAGUGCGCAAUAUAACAUGUGUUCAUGUUUCACGUGUAAAAGAAAACACAUUAUUUUUCACAUAACUUAUUUACCUCUAUACCGUUGUCUUCACUGUCCUCAAAACAGGCUGAUGUCUUCCUUGUGCUAUGAAGUCCCUCCUUCAGAAAUACGUUACGAGUUAUGAUUGCGUAGUUUGUUUAGUGUGUUGUGAUUCGACAGCAGCUUAGCUUAGCAGAGCCGUUUGAGCCAAAGCUGGUGACUGACGUACAGGGUCGGCGCCAGAGAAUACAGAAUGAGGGGGCCUCCUGUUUCACUGGGGGGGCACCUCGUUCAUCUUAUUAUUUUAUUAUUAUUAUUAUUAUUACUACAUGGCACUGUAAAAUGCUUGGUACUGAUUGGCCAGUCGCAACAUUCAAAGGUAUUUUAUUCCUUGAACAACCGCCUGAAACACAGGCUCACCCAGGUGCUGCGUGCGAGUCACGUUAACAGGGAGUUUAACACCUUCAAAUUAUACAGAAUAAAUAUUCAUAAUUAAUAACGUAUAUGAGAUUGUAUUUACAUUGAUUAAACCGAAUGUUCGUCUUUUGACUUUUAACUUGUUUUUACGCGUCUGGCUUUCACCCAUUAUGAAAUGUACGUGUUCCCAGAAGGUUUGUAUUUCUUAAAAAUAAGCUAAUAAAAGACAUAAAAUCUAAAUGUUCUGUCUAUAUAUUUACUCGUAUAGCAACUAGCCGUGAAAUAAGCGGGAUUAUUACAGCCAGCCAAUUUGUUGUCGCAAAUAAAUCCCUCACUAUAGUAAAACCAUAACUUAUCAUGACGCUAAAGUGCAAAACUCACGCAAAUCAUAAAGACCAGUACAUAACCAAAUAACAGCAAAAGAAAACAAUGUCACUGACAUAUCUAACACCAGAAUGAACUAUGCAUUUUACCUUUAGAAGAGCUGCAGGCGACGAGAGGACUUUUAGAAACUUUUUAAGAGGGUCCUUUUAAAAUUUCUUUGUCUUGCUCAAAUGCCGAGACUUAGUCUACAAGUGUACAUUAUUUAGAUAGAGAAUGAGUUCUCACGCAUGGCGAUUGAGACCCCGAACGUGACAUUAACUUUCAUUGCAGACAAAACACUGGGGAUAGCUUUAAGAAUUUGUGUUGUUCAAAUGUAGUGGCUGCGUGUAUGUAACUGGCUGACUAUGUUAGCACUGCAUUGUGGGUUAGUAUUUUAAUUUUUUUUUUAUUAAUUAUACUCCUCAUUUUAAUCAGUAUACAUUGUAUAACCAAAUUUAUUUGCAGCACAUUUUUUUUAAUUAUUAAGUUCAUUAUUAUUUUGAGAAGUAAGGGGGCACAGUUACUCAAGUGGCCGGGCCAUGCCCCCGGGGCCCGCUCGUGGCGCCGACACUGCUGACGUAUUCCUGUGGGCGGAGUUUAAUCAAAAACUUUAAUAUUGACGUCAUUAAAGCAGGAAGUAGAGUGCUGUAGUCCAAACCGGUCGUUCGUUGUAGGCUUUGAAAGGAGACUUCUGUUUAGAAAAUAUAUCGCCUGGCAGUGAACUUUGAGCGUUAUCAUUUUACAGGUAUUAUGUAUGCUAUUAUAGCAACAUUACACACUAACUAAAGUUUAAAAAAUGGGAUCAGGAAGAACACGACCUUUAAAGUUGGAAACUCAGGGAGGAUUUGAUACAAAUAAGCGAAUAUGCCAUUUUGUGAGACGUAAAUAACACUGGUCCUGUUUGUUAUUCUUUCUUUUUUUUCUUUCUUUUUAAUAAUUUUACAUACAUAAAAAAUCAUAAAGGUGUUUAUUUACACAAAUAGUCAUAAAGGUGUUUAUUUACCAUGCACAAAUAUAGUUUUAAAGUUGUUCGUUUAACAUUUUCAUGAAGUCAAAUUUUCUGUCGGUUGUAUUUUAUUGUAAUGUUUGUAAAUGUAAAAAAACUGAAACAGCUUGCAAAAAUCCUUUAUAAUCAAAUCAAUAUUUUGCAUACACAUAAAUAUUUUCAUAUGUGGCAAAUCACAUAACCAGCUGGUUGUUAUUGUAAAUAAUCCCUUCAGGGUGCUACAAAGGCCCCUCUACUUUGUGAAGGGGUCUGGAUUUGAUUUGCAAUAACAACUGUCUGGUUUCGUGUUAUCUCUUACUAAAACCAUAAACAUCUAGAUUUAGGUCAGGUUGAAUCAUUUUUCAGGGCUAAGAAAGGGCAGCUCUGUACUUGCCUUUGAUAUUCUAAUGCGCACAAUCUUUUCUUUUUCCUUUUGUUUGCUCACCUGACACACCCACUUGUUAGUCCUGAUGGUUUGCAAUUGGCAUCACUACUUACCUUUCAUAUGGAAAAAUACAAAUGCAUUAUUUUCUUGUUUUUUACAUUUUCAUUAUUUUAAGGUAAAUAAGGCUGUUUUUAUUGUGUACUAAAGGGAUAGUUUAGAAAAAAAUAAAAAUGACCACAUGGUUUACUUACCCUCAAGUCAUCUGAGAUAAUUAUCUCCAUCAUCUUUCUGUACACAAUUUGAGUUAUUUUAGUAAUUGUCCUGGCUCUUCCAAGCUUUAUAACAACAGAAAACAGGGCCCAUGACUUUUGGCUUUAUUGUGAGUAAAUCAUUGGGUAAUUUUUAUUUUUCACUGUAUUUUUUUAUAAAUAAACUUUAAUAUAUCAAUUA